AUGCAUACAUGGUGUAAAGAAGAAGUAACCAGCGAUGCAGUGUUAGUGUAUCAGAAGAAAACAGAGCAAUUAUUAAACUUCUUCAAAAACACUGCCGACUCCAAGUUUCGGCCUCCUCUAUUAGAGUUCAGAAUCCCAGAAACAGAUGAAGAGUUCAACUCUGGCAAUUUCUUGUUCACCCCGGGAUUCCUCAUACAGUCCUGCUUCUUUGAGUACAUAAAAACUUUAGAAGCAUACAAUUUGUUUGUGGGUUCGGUGUAUAAUUUACUUUUUCAUGAGCUCGGCUAUCCAGAAGAGAAAGAAGAAAUAGUAGAGGUGGAUGAGGAGGAAGAAAACGAGAGAGAAAAGGAGGGAGAAAAUGUGUGGGUUGGACCGGGAGAAGGCAGCAGCAAAAUGAGCAUAAAUUGUUGGUAUAUACCAGAUAAAAUCGCUGAGGCUUUUUUAUGUAUGAGAAGAAUUCAAUCGGUGAGUUUCCGAGAGCAGAAAUAA